AUGUCGUUCUUGAAGCAGUUGAGGCGCCGGUCAAAGGCCAGCUUCCACUCAGAACCAAAAAGCGCAUCGCAUAAGGUCCAAGAGGUCUCCGGAAAAUCCUCCUCCACGAUCGACACCACCUCCCACAGCUCCAUCACUCCGCCCUCGUCGAUCAGACCGACCCUCUCUUCUCCUAACCUCCCCUCACUAAACGAGGUUGAUUCCAAUGGCACCAGCUCCGCUAGCGUGACUCUACCUCUACCCCCGCAACGACCAGCUUUAGCGAUCAAUCCGCAACGGAAUAGCAUCUACGGAAGCUCCUCGUCGUCUAUCAAUGGCGUAUACCGGUCGCCCACUCCAAGCUCGCCGUACGCGCCGAGAAUAGUAUCGAUCGCCGACAAUUCCUGGGUUCAUCAAAAGGUACUUCUCGUUUAUGGCCAGACCGGAGACCCGAGAACGCAACCGCUGGACGGAAAUGUAACGGUCUACCAUCACCAAGAUAAUUUCCCGUCGAUCGGCUGGCCCGUCACGGCGUCUCACUUCAAAGCUCUCGUCCACCUCGUACCCGGUCCCAAUCGUCUCCGAUUCGACUUUGUUUCACCCAAGCUGUCCACCGGUAGCACCCAUCCAGCGAUCCAUUCCGCGUGGAUUUGCAUCAAUUACCUACCGCUAGUCAACACUCCGCCGCUGCACUUGGUGAUUUUGAUGGGCAAGGACUCCGAUGGCACUUACGACGCGGUGCCCGAGAGAGCGGAGCGAGAAGGCAAUGGGUUGGAGACCGCGAUUCGGAAAUACCGCACGGCCGCAUACCUUUGGCAAGCUUUCACCGGAGAGCAGAUGUUCCGCAACAACUUUGGACGACGGUGCUUCCGCUUUGAAGAGGAGUGGCAGUCUGGUAGUCUCAGCUCUCGGGACUUGGCAGUCGGUCAGAUGCGCAACGAGGCCAAGAUUCACGUCGUUCGCAGCGAGAAAACGGUUGCAGAACUCCGGGAUCUCAAUAUUGCUCAGCAAUGCGGUGACGCUCAGAAGAAGGACGCGCUCUUUGAUAUCGCCAAGGAGGCUGUACGGAAGCACUUCAACCCCCAGCCGGGCCAGCAGCAGUACGUUUCUGUCCUUUUGCUGGAUUCCCACUGGGACACAGGGUCGCAGACCAUCACCGGUCACGCAGCUCUUGGAUCCGGGGGCGACGAUAUCAAAAUGGCUAUUUUUGGUUCCCACAGCCUCCAGAGCUACCCAUCUUGUCUCGACGAAGUGGUAGAUGCCUUUUCAGACUGCACACGGACCGAUACUAAUUACGUCGCCAACGACAAUGGCGAAGCCGGGUCGAAUUGGGAAUCUGCCAACAUUGGCAUUGGCGCUCACUUGCACGAGGUUGGACAUCUCUUUGGUUGCCCUCACCAGGAAUCCGGCAUCAUGCUUCGCGACUAUGUGCGCCUUGGACGCUCAUUUAUCACCAAAGAGCCAUUUUCGACGCGCACCAAGACCCAGGGACUCAAGGUGUGCUUGCCGAAUGAUGAGUGUGGAUGGCAUCGUUUGGAUGCGCUGCGUUUCCGCUUCCAUCCAUGCUUCCGUCUUCCCAGUGAUGCCACUCCGAGUUCCGAUGACAGCGUGCAAGUAUGGCCAGCGGAGAAUGGCAAGAUCCUAUUCACUGCAUCAUCGGGCAUUGCGUGGAUGGAACUGUACGUAGAAGGCGAGGACUUCUGCCAUACCUUCAUUGAGUACUUGGGCACCGAGUCGAGCAGCAAUGGCCUGCCGAAGCAAAUCAUGGUUACGGAAAUAGAGCUUCGCCAAAAGAUUUUCGGCAUUGAAAAGGAGAAACUCUUUGGCGGGGAAAAGGAGAAGAAGAAGCUUCGCCUGGUCGUCGUCUCUGGGGCACUGGGCAGCUACACCGUCGAGGACGUCGGACAAUUGAAAUCGAAAAACUCUGUUGUCAAGCUCCCCAAGAGCCAGUCCGGCUACAAGAGCGGGAAACUCGGUCAAUCCAGUUUGGAUGGCAGUGAGCCCGAGCAGGUGCUGCUAGAGUGUGCUUUCAUCCAAUCCAAGCUCCUCACCUCCAUCAAGGUCUACCACGACGUCGCGUUGGACGGCAUUGAAUUCUGCUACGAAGACAUGACGACCCAGCUCUUUGGAAAACGGGGUGGCAAGCCUGGCGGUGAUGAGUUCGUCUUCGAUACCCGACGUGGAGAGAUUCUUCUUGGAUUUUACGUUCGAGCUGGACUCUGGAUUGACGGCGUGGAAAUUCUCACCAGUAUGGGCAGAAAAUCCGGCUUCUAUGGCAAUGCCUCUGGCGGAUCAGGACACACGUUGAUACCGCCUCUUGGAUACAAGAUUGCCGGAGUUUCAGGCUCGAGUGGAGCUUGGGUCGAUGGCUUCUCCCUCAUCAUUCAGCAUUAA